AUGAGUUCUUCGGUCGAUGAAAAUGCGCUCCGUCGCGAAAUUGUCCGAUCGUUUCAAAUACACGCAUUUGAACUGAAAAAGUGAGAAAACAGAGUUUCGGGUGGAAAGUUUUUUGUUUUCUGCAGAGAAGCGGUCAAAUUGUGUGUAAAACUGUUUCUGGAUCAUGAUCAGGAGACGAGAAAGAAAUGGAUGAACAAAAUGAUCGAAAUGCUCAAAAAGCAGACUUGUACGCAUGGGAUUGUUCGGAAAACCUGAAAAUAAAUGCACUUUUUCAGUGCAAUCAUCUCUGAUCAGCGAAGAGCUCAUCAAAGACACUUUCCGACAGUGCAAGUCGAAGGGACCCACCGACGCGUUCGUUUUUAAAAUUAAUUUUGAAGAACACCCGUUUUCAGUGGCCGAUUGCUCAACGUUUUCGACGCUUUCUCCCUACCGCCCUAUGACUAUUAUCCCGAAAUGAAAAAAAUGAUUUUGAGGUUUUCAUUCACUAAUUUUUUUUUCUAAAAAAUGACGUUUUUAGGAAAGAAAAAACGAGCUUGGCCGCCGAAACUUUCUCGUUUUCCCACGCCACGAGACAACGAUUUCUCUUGGUUCAACAGGUAAAUUCACUGGAAAAUCGAGUAAUUUUCGGUGUUUUCCAGCGCGCCGAACGUUGUGCGUCUCUAAAAAACAUCAAAUUUACGACUUGCGAGAUUCUCGGUCUCAACAAAACGAUCGAUUCGGUGGUGGUGCUCGGAAUGCUCACCCAGCCGAAGGCCGACUGUUUCCACGUCGAAGAUCUGACCGGGUCGAUCGAGGUGGCGUUCAAACCGAAAAACGAGCAAAAGUAGGGAUCCAGCAGCCGCUUACCAGACGGAAAAUCGCAAAAAUUUGCAGUCCCGGCACAAAAUUCCACGAAGCUCUGUUCCACGAACAUUCUAUCGCGAUUUUUGAGGGAAUGUUCGAGAACGGAGUGCUGACAGUGAACGAGGUGGCCCAAGUGCCCAUGGAAUCGGCAGAGAUCACCCGGAAAGAGCUCAGUUCGAACGAGAAUUGGUUCGGCGGAGAGGAUAAGGUUAGAAAAUGGAAAAUCUUCUGGAAAUUCUCGAGAUUUAGAUCGCUUUCCGAUGCAGUGAUCGUCUGCGGACAGCCCUUCAAAAGCAGGAAGAAACUUCGAUAAUCUUCCUUUCCGAAGUGUUUUUCGAUGAUAAAAUGGUCAGAAAUCAUCCAAAUUUCUUCCCCAAAACUCAAUUUUCAGGUGAUGAAAGCACUGUUCGAACUGCUAAAAGGCUAUAAAGAUCAGCCGCCAGUGGCCAUUAUUCUCUGCGGAAAUUUCUGUUCGAGACCCAGACAAACGGAUACCAUCGAUCUGCUCGACAGGGGAUUCCGAUGGCUGGCCAAUCAGCUGUCCUCGCUCAAAAACGAGUACGCGAAGACGCAGUUCAUUUUCGUGCCGGGACCCGACGACCCGUUCGUGGAUACGGUCCUCCCCCGCCCCCAUCUUCCGUCCCUUCUCUUCAAGCACGUCUCCCCGAUCAUUUCGUGCACUUUCGCCUCGAAUCCGUGCAGAAUCCAGUUCGCCAGCCUCGAAAUUGUCGUUUUCCGAGCGAACAUGAUCAAGAAAAUGUGCAGGUACGAACACUCUGCGCCCUCUCAUCACUUUUCACCCUCUCGCCGCUUUCACAGACUAAUUUGAAUGGGAAAUGAGUACGAAACAGGUGAAAAGCCGUCAAUUAAUCGUACAUUUAUCAGAAAUUCGCAGAAAUACACAGGACUUGAAGUUUGAAGUCGUUCUGUUUCAGACACGCGAUAAACGAAAUUGUGGACGAGACGACGAUUCCGAAGCGAUUUGCGAAGAGCGUUCUCAGUCAGGUAACGGCUGAAAACGAGACGAAAAUAGAAAUUAUGCUAUAGAUUUGAGCUAAAUACUGAUUCAGGUGUUCAGUAGUGAUUUUCAAAAAACACCACAUCCUCACGUAACCUGAGAUUCCACCCAUUCCAGGCGCAUCUGUGCCCGCUGCCACCGAACAUCGUGCCAGUCUUGCCCGAUUUCUCGCACUCGCUCGCCCUCCACCCCCUCCCGGACCUUCUGAUCACCGCCGAUCACUUUGAUUCGUUUAUCGAAAAGUUCAACGGAAUCGGCACGAUCGUCUCGAAUCCGGGCUCUUUUUCGAGCAACGACUACGCGUUCCAAGUCUACUAUCCGAGCCAGAAUCGUGUGGAAGCGUCGCAGAUUCCCGAAUCCGUACUCGUUGAUAAAUAA